GCGCAUCACCCUGCAGUUCGUCGGAGCACCCCUAGCUGCCACCGCCACCGUCGAGAGCGGCGUAGUGUCCAAUGGUCCACCACGCUAACGGAACCACCCACCCGGAUCCGUCACACGCACCUGCAGAUGCUCGACAUUCUGCUUCCGUGCCUCGUUUCGGGGAACAGGUGGAUCAUGGGGUGCCUGCCGAGGAGGUCCCCGCUCCGGUGUCCGAUUCAUCGCCGACCCCUGUUCCGACAACCACGGGCGGUGGUCGGUUUGCCCCACAGCCUCCACCCGUGUUAACCGGAACGUUAGACCCUUUGCAGCGCAUUCGUGACCUUGCAGUCGCCCAGAGCGCGACACCUGUGAGCCCUGGCGGGUUGUUGGAUGCUGGGGUCCUCGGCGGGAGAGCUACGACGGGACGAUGUCGAGGCACUUACAGGCAGCAAGCCGUCACGUCAUAUUAUUCGGACCCUUUGGAGCGCGCAUGGCAUGUGCAAAUCAUGCGGUUCAUCGUCGAGAGCGGGAUGUCGUUCAACAGCACGAAGCUUGAAAGCUUCAAACGCAUGUUCACGAUGAUAAUCCCGCCGGGGGUUCCAGGGGCGCACGCGCCUAGACUUCCCUCGUACCACAUGCUGCGCACGACCCUUUUGGACGAGCUGGAUGGUGAGGUCCAGAAGUGUGUUCGGCCGGUGCUUGACACGUCGAGAGAGACCGGUUGCACAAUCAUGACCGAUKGUUGGACCAACAUCCGUGGUCAGACGUUGUGCAACUACCUUGUUGGUACAGAGAUCGGGGUGRUGUAUGUGUCCACCGACGUCAUGCGUGGCAAAAAGGACACCAGUGCCCUCGCGAACGCAUGGUUGAAAAGGGUGAAGUCCAUGGACGUUCAAUUGAGCGACAUCACGACGUUCGUGACGGACUCCGCCGGGGUGAACGUCGCGGCGAUAGAGGUAUUCCAAAAAGAUGAGAGCGUGAAACACAUCUUCUGGAUUCCUUGCAUCGCCCACAUCAUGGAUCUCAUUCUCGAGGACAUCGGCGGGAUUGAUUGGGUGGCUUCCCGCAUUUCUCAAGCGAGGCUGGUUACAAGGUUCUUCAAGCGCCAUGGACAUGCGAGAGAGGUUCUUGAGGCGCACUCGACGAAGACUCUUCUGCUACCGGCGGAGACGCGUUUCGGCACGAACGUCAUCAUUAUGGAGAGGCUGGUGGCACUGCGGGCCGCGUUGACAGAUGUUGUGGCCGACGAUCGCUGGCGCGAGACUGUUUGGUCGACCAGCAAGAUCCGCAAGGAUGCAGCAGAGGUCACUGCAUGUAUCCGCUCCCGUCCAUGGUGGGAGGAUUUGAGAGCUCUGUGCAAGAUGCUAGAGCCCAUCAUGGGCAUGCUGAAGUUGGUGGACAGCGACACACGCCAGAUCAACAAGAUUUUGCGACGUUACGAGGAAAUGAUUGCAUCUUGUUUAUCCGCAUGUCGUGACAUUGAUCAGGAGCAGCAGGACGCUAUUGUGGAGGUGUUCCACAGGCGGCGCACCAUGUUCAAGACCCCCGCCCACACGGCAGCCAUGCUGCUAGAUCCAGAGUUCCGGGACGCGACACUUUGUGACGAUGCGGAGGUGCAGCAGGCCUUGGUCGAGGCCCUUGUCCAGUUCGGCUACCCGGAGGAUUCGCCGCAGCAUCGGGAGGUCCAACGAGCGGGAGCCAAGCUCCACACGAGGGAGCCCCCUUUCGAUGAGCUCACCAUGCGGCGAGCUGCGGAUAUCUUUGAUCACCCUGCCAGUUUUUGGCUACUCGGUCGACCUUCGUUGUGCGACGAUGGUGUUGGAGAGAGGCCCGACGUCUUUGGGAAAUGGGUGCAUUAUUGGCAAGCCGUGGAGGACGAGGCAGCCGUGGACCAGCAGCUCGUCAGAGGCAYCGGUGUUCUGGCGAAGGUGACCGAGGAGGAGUUGAGCCUCGCCAGAGAAAGGAUGCGCGCCAUUUCCCGCAUGGGAGCCGAGCGUCGGGUGGCGGAGUCGGACAGGAGGCGACGCAGGGCUGGUGGUCGGGGACGUGGCGGCCGUGGACGAGCAGGUGUCGGAGGACGUACACGUGGCGAUGCAGGUUCCGCUCCUCGGACUCGGCGACAGCGGACGGAUAGUGGCAUUCGCAGGGCCCGCAUGCGUUGGGACGAGGGUGACUUCUUGUUCGACAGCACAUCCAGCGACGACGACGAUUUCUUUGCAUCGGGAACCAAUGCAUCCACGGGUGAUGAUAGAGGUGACGCUGACAACAAAGGCGAUGACAGAGGCGACGGUGAUGAUAGAGAGGACGAGAUGGGAGAUCUUUCCAACGAGACGCAGCGCGACCCGGUUCAUGCAGAGGAGCUAGCCUCGAACACUGAUGUAAUAGUGACGGAGGAGGAUAUAGGGUUCAGGAUCACUCAUCCCCGGUCGCCAGCGCCGGUUGUUGGCACAGAGGAGGAGACGGAGUUCGGAGGACCCGGUCCACUCCGCCAGGCGCAGACUCGGUGCACUCCUGCAGGCGCCCCAGUCCACUCCACAGGAGCGGGUUUGGAGGACGGCGAGGCACGACGUGAGCCGCCUCCUCACACGAGUGACGGCGGUCUAGAGGAGGGAGAGGUUGCACCCACUCCCACUUGUGGAAAGGACGGGGAGGACGAACGUCCUCCGACGGACCACCACGUCGGCCUCGACUGCCCGCCCGACAGUCUUCCGCCCACCGACGAGCUAUUCACCAUGGAUUCCGCCUUGGCAUCUCUGCCCGAUAUAUCGCUACUGAUAUCUCCCACUUUGCCGGUUGUGGCACCACCGGAGCCUGCUAGACGAGAAGACGCGCGUCGUGACAGAGGGUUCGACGAGUUCGGCGGCGACACGAUACUGCAUCCUCUAAAGUCCGGCACUCCCGCCAUUUUUCAUGUCGGUGCACCGUGGGCGGUGGAGCAGGGGUUGGCGAUCUGGACCGUCGAUCCGGUCCUUAGAUUUCUUACAUGGCGCGGGCGAUAAAGGCCCUAGGCUGGUAGGACCGACAACAGCUGGUUCCCUUAGCGUUUUAAUAGUGUAGGGAAAUAAAGAUUUGGUAAGUCA